AUGGUCUGUAUUGCGUGCCUGUUGCCUUUGUUCUUGAUCCCCGUCGUUAACGCCUUGCCUCUGCUCUUCGAUCUCAUCGUCGGUAAGAUCUACAGGCUUUUCGGCUGGGAAUACAGAAAGCCUGCAAGGGUGCCAGCUGCUUGUCCAUACAAGCCUGCUUCAAAAAAUGUUGAUGGUUUAAAUGCAGUGUGUUACAUGUGGUCUAAUUAUAUAAACGAGUGCAGUUUCUGGCUUCUUCCUGUGCCAAUGUUAAUUCAUAUUUUUUUCCAGGUAUCUUGUUCAGAUAAUCACAUUCAUCUGCUAAAAAUGCCUACAAUGGAUAUCUCAAAAUCCAUAUCGGGAAUCAAGCCUCCUUUUUCGUUUCCUCUCAAACAUGAAGGAUCCUGCACACAAGUUGCAUUUGAGCAGACAACUGGAUUAGUUGCUGUUUCCACUGAAGAUUAUUGUGUACAAUUCUAUAGCUUGUUUGACAACCAUGAGGUUUCAGAGGUCCAAGUGUGCAAAAGAAAUUUUCAGCCUGCAGAUGACGUUAUGCUAUAUGUGGCUCUUGUAGCCAUUUCUCUUGAUGGCUCCUUAAUGGCUACCAUUGAUGUGACAAUUCCUGAAGAAAAAUUAGGGGGUUUGGUUUGUCUAAAAUACUGGACUCGUGGUUCCCUAGUGGCAGAGUACUUAUUAUCCACUGUCAUAUAUGAGCCUCACAGUGAUGCUCAAGUUUCAUCUCUUGCAUUUCGCCCUGGACACAACAUGGCUGUCACAUCAUCUUAUGGUGGUGAUUUUAAGGUUUGGGUUCAUGGUUCUCAUGCCGACAGAAAUAAUGAAUCAAUCCAGAGAACUGGUUGGAGAUGCCAAUCUGUUGGUUCAUACAAGGGAAAAUCAUUAACAGCUGCUGCUUUUUCUGCCGAUGGAUCAGUCCUUGCUAUUGCAGCUGAGACUAUAAUUACAUUAUGGGAUCCAGAUUCCAAUAUUCUUGUGGCUAUGAUUGGAGAUACACUUUCGCCAAUUACAAAGCCUUCAUUUGUUGGGGAAUCAGAAUAUCUGGUGUCCUAUACACACGGUUUAAAGCCACAACUUUCAGUUUGGAGUACUUCAAAUUUGGCAUUGUACUGGUCUCACGGGAUUGUUACAGAAGCCGUAAGCUGUUCCCAUGAUGAAUCUCAAUUCGCCGUCUUAGCUCUUCUCAGUUCAGCAGGUGAUGCUGAUGCAAAAGGAAAUGGGGUAAUAUUUUUCUUCGAUGUGGAAGAUCCUGUUCCUGUGGCAACCUGGCGCCUCCAGCGGUGCUCCACUCGCCUCUAA